UUCCCCUUCUUCGUUCUCAAGAAACAACCCCCGUCACACUCUUCGUUCCUAAGAAAAGAAAAAGAGACAGGAAAGAGAGGGAGGAAGAGAGAGGGUCAAUGCGUGAGCCAGCGAUGGGCUCGUCUUCCGCUGCGCUUCUUCUCAUCUCUCUCUGUCUCUGCCUCUGCCUCUGCCUCGUUACCUCACGUGCCAGCGACAAGACCACCACUCUCAAAGGUGUUGAUCUUGAAAGCCCAGCUAUAGUUGUCACUCCUUCCCCCGUUUCUGGCCUUUCAACUUCUAGUGGCUCUAAAGAUGCUCUUCUGUGUGAGCGUGUUCAAGUUUCUGGUCUUUCAAGAUUGAAACUUGGGAGUUAUGCCAGUUCUUUUCGGAUUACCAUGUCUCCAUCUGUAGAAAUCCCAGAGAGAUUACAUAGCAAAUUUCAAGUUUGUUUUCACAGAAAUGAUUCACUUGGCUUAUGUCAGUGUGAAAAUGACGACUGGAAAUCUUUUAAGGGGCUGUGGAGUUCGGUUAUGUCACCUUAUGAGGUUAGAUAUAUUGAUGUGAAGUUCAUUGGUGAAGUAUCUGGUUCUGUCACAGUAGCUGUUGAAGAAGAUUUCCAGCGAUGGCGCCUUGUGUGUCUAGCAUUGGGAUUUGUUUUACUACUUUUGGCUCCAAUUGUUAGCAGUUGGGUUCCUUUUUAUUAUAGCAGUUCAAUGGUGAUCGGGGUUUUUCUGGUCAUUAUAAUCCUACUUUUUCAGGGAAUGAAGUUAUUGCCAACUGGUAGGAAAAAUGUCUUCUAUCUUACUGUAUACGGAUCAGUGAUUGGAACCGGAUCUUUCCUUCUAAAUUACUUUUCAAUGAUGGUUAAUUCGAUUCUUGUGAAUUUUGGACUCGGUGAAGAGAUGCACAAUCCAGUCUCUAUAUUUGUGCUAGUGGGAAUAGUCAUUGCUGGUGCUGCUUUAGGAUACUGGAUUGUGAGGAAAUUUGUAAUCUCAAAAGACGGAAGUGUGGAUGUUGGUAUAGCUCAUUUUGUUAAAUGGGCAAUGCGCAUCAUUGGAACCACCUUUAUUUUACAGAGCACUCUUGACACCCCUCUAGCACUGGCGACCUUGGUUUCUUGCUGGGCUAUCUGCAAUCUUAUCUUUUCUCUGAAGUGGGCUGGUACAGCGCGUCAAUCAUAUUCUGGGAGCGUGACUCCUUGGCUGAAGCAGGAGAGACAGACAACAGGAAAGCAUAGUCGACCUGAAUUCCUUAGCAGGUCAAGCCCUCAAGGGAAGAUGUGGAGUAGUCCAUCGAAGCAGUCUGCUUGGUCCAACUCUCCCGUUAGAGGUGUAACAUCGCCAUCGCCAUCGCCAUCUUUUGGAGGAAAGAAUGAGCAAGAAUACUAUUCAACCUUCCACAAUGUGCGGAAUCGAAAGAAGUUUACAAAGAAAGAGUGGGAUGAUUUCACACGGGAAUCAACCCGACAAGCCAUUACUGAAUGGGCAACAUCCCCUGAAUUCGCUGAUUGGAUGAUCGAUAAUGCUGACCGAGUACAACUCCUUCCAAGUGAGUGUUCAGACGAAUCCAUGGGAAGUGAAGAUUCUACAAAUGAGAAUGUUGUAGGGAGCCGAGGGCCGUUCAGGUUUUUAAACUGGUAGUAUUGAGGAUGAAACCAAGCAAGUAUGCACUUUUUGCAGUUGGCGUAGGAGAUAUGUAAGUGGUAGGUGACUGGAGUAGAAGAUGUUUUUUUUUUACCAAUCGGUGAUACUCCCUUCAAGUAACAUGUAGGAUUAGAAGAAAUUAGGUUCAGAUUUAGGUAUAUGUAACCAUUUACCAGCUGCUGUUACCACUUGUGUUUUUUUUUUUUUCUUUCCUGUAUCCAAUAUACGCUCUACUGAUAACAUUAAAACAGCUGUAACUACUUAACUGCAUUCUUGUAGUAAUUUUGUAGUGGGGAUGGCCUUUCUUCAGCCCCUUCAACUC